UCGAUCCUUCCACUUCUCUCUUCCUCUUCCAGAAUCAAAUCAAAACCUAGCCGCCCCUCUCUCCUCCAUAGACCGAAACCCUAGCCUGCUCUCUUCAAACCGUCGCCAUCUUCUUCUCCUCUCACUCUAUCGUCUCUCUUCCACCAUAGACCGAAACCCUAGCCCCCAAUCGCCGUCGCUCUCUUACCCUCUCAAUCCGCCGUCGCUCUCGAGAUAAAACGCUGCUCGUGUUCGCAAACGAGAGAGCUGCUGCUGUGAAACCAAGAUUCGUGAUUUCUUCUUCAAAGGUGAGAGCCCGCUCUAGCUUGAAGAUGCCGCGUUAUGAUGACAGAUAUGCCAACACCCGCCUCUAUGUAGGCCAUCUAGCCCCCCGCACAAGGUCUCGUGAUCUUGAAUAUGUCUUCAGCAAAUAUGGGAGGUUUCUGGGGCUUUUGCCUUACCUGGAGGCCUGUGGUGAGAUGGUUGCCAUGGUGGAAAUUGGUGGAAAUUCUUGCCUAGGGGACUUUGGCGAUUCUUUCUAUUAUGUUAUUGCGUAUUUUUGAAUGGAAAUGGCAACAAUCUCUCAAAGUGGUGUUCAUUCAAACUGGUGUUUAGUACGUCUAUGAGGAGUGAAGUAUCAUACAACUUGCAGUACUCUUACACGUAAUGAUGGCCUUACUGUUUGUGGCAACCGUUUUGGCAGAGUCCGAGAUGUGGAUAUGAAGCGUGACUAUGCAUUUGUUGAAUUUAGUGAUCCACGAGAUGCUGAUGAUGCAAGGUAUCACUUAGAUGGCCGAGAUGUUGAUGGAAGUCGGAUCAUUGUGGAAGUUGCUAAAGGGGUACCUCGUGGCUCCAAGGAAUACCUGGGGAGAGGUCCGCCUCCUGGAUCUGGGCGGUGCUUCAAUUGUGGUAUUGAUGGCCACUGGGCUAGAGAUUGCAAAGCUGGUGAUUGGAAGAAUAAGUGCUACAGAUGUGGGGAGAGGGGACACAUUGAGAGAAAUUGCAAGAACAGCCCUCAGAAGUUGAAGCGUGGGCGAAGUUACUCAAGGUCCCCAUCACCUCGUCGUGGUGGCAGGAGCCGCAGCCCAAGUUACAGCCGAGGCCACAGCUACAGCCGAUCGAGAUCUCCAGUGCCUAAGAGAGACCGAAGUGUGGACAACGAGGCCAGGUCAAUGAGCCCGGACCCAAGGAACGAUGGCCCUUCCAAGGGGAGGAAGCGUAGCCCAACUCCUGAAGAUCGAAGCCCACGCCCUUCUCCCAAAGCUAGGAAGGUGGAGGAUGAUGACCGAGAGUAUAGUGCCAGUCCAAGGGGCAGGAGCCGGAGCAGGAGCAGGAGCAGGACCCCAGAAAGAGAGAGCCCUAGAAAUGGCAGGUACGAGAGUCCCCCGGCUAAUGGCCGAAGUCCAAGCCGGAGCCGCAGCCGCAGCCCUAGUCCGAGGGCGAGGGAUGACAAGAGCCCUGCUGCUGAGGAUGAUUUUGAAAACAACCGUCGCUCGCCUAGAGGCAGCGAGUCUCCCUGAAAGAUGAAUGAGAGAGCGUGGCUAAUAGUCCCUGAAGCUUCACUCCCCGGUCGUCAAUUUAAAUGUUCAAUAUUUGGAAGCUUCAACUAUGGAUUUUCUUUUAUGUUGUGAUGUAGCUUUCGGCGGAAUUCUAUGUCCUUCUGUGAGCUGAAUGUAUCCUUUGUUCACCGGAUCCGUAACUCUUUCCUA